GUCGAGAAUCUUACAUUCAUUUAUAGAUAAUAUACAAAACAUAUUCCAGGGUAAAAUGGUAAUCUAAAAAUUCCUGGGAUCAGUGCCCUUCCCACUGAUUAUCAAUUUAUCAUAGACCACCCGGUAUUUCUCCCAAAGAGAUUGACAGGUCACAGCCCAACCGAACCUCAACGGAAAGAAUCAAAGCAUCUCAACUUAACACGAUUCCCACGCAUCCCUUGCCCCUCUGGCUGCGAUUCUGCGAAUUGGAGUCGGAUGCUCUCAGCAUAAUCCUCUAUUGCACAUUCCCGGAGAGAAGAUGAAAUGGGUAAUUUUUUUGGAUUUCGUAGGCGUCGCGGAAACAGCAGAAGCGUUAGCAGCAUCAAUGGCAGUUUCAGAAUCAACGGCGACAGCAGCAACUCUGUGGUAGAGCGGAGGAGAGCAGAAGUGGCAGCGCGGUAUCCGACAACCGCCAGGUCCAUGUCGUCUGAAAAGGAGAAAGGAGGAGCUUCUCACGCUUCUUCUGCUGCUUCCACUGCUUCCAAGCCCAACAAGUACUCCUUCAUCCCUGACAACUUCUCCACCAUCGAACAGGUUACAAAUGCAUUGAGGGAGUCAGGUUUGGAAUCAUCAAAUCUUAUUAUUGGAAUCGAUUUCACUAAAAGCAAUGAAUGGACAGGCAAAGCCUCAUUCAAUAAUCGGAGUUUGCAUGCCAUUGGUGAUACGCCUAAUCCAUAUGAAAAGGCCAUUUCUAUUAUUGGGAAGACUUUGGCUCCUUUCGACGAGGAUAACUUAAUUCCUUGUUUUGGCUUUGGUGAUGCUACCACCCAUGAUAGCGAGGUGUUCAGCUUCCAUGAUGAUCGUUCACCUUGCCAUGGCUUUGAAGAAGUUUUGGCCUGCUAUAAAAGGAUAGUUCCAAACUUGCAGCUGUCAGGGCCAACUUCUUACGCCCCAGUAGUUGAGGCUGCCAUAGAUAUUGUGGAGAAAAGUGGUGGACAAUAUCAUGUUUUGGUUAUCAUUGCAGAUGGCCAGGUUACAAGAAGCGUCAAUGCAAACGAUAAGGAACUCAGUCCACAGGAAGAGAAAACAAUCAACUCAAUAGUUACUGCAAGUUCGUAUCCUCUAUCCAUCAUUCUUGUUGGGGUUGGCGAUGGGCCCUGGGAUGACAUGAAGAAAUUUGAUGACAAGAUCCCUGCCCGUGGAUUUGAUAAUUUUCAGUUUGUCAACUUCACUGCAAUUAUGUCGAAAAAUGCAAGUCCCUCAGAGAAAGAAACAGCUUUUGCUCUUGCUGCUCUUAUGGAGAUCCCCAUCCAGUACAAAGCAACUGUUGAAUUUGGUAUUCUCGGACGGGUAACCGGGAAAGCAAAGAAGGUGGUUCCACGCCCUCCUCCAGCUUCCUACGCUCGCCAUGCACCUCCACCUUACGCAAUGCCUUAUGGAAUGCCAUCUCAUCAGCCAAGCAACCUCUCAUCACGCAUGCCAUCUCGUAUGCCAUCUCGUCAGCUAAGCAAUACACGAGAUGAAGGAAACCAGGCCUGCCCAAUUUGCCUGACCAGUGUAAAGGACAUGGCCUUUGGCUGUGGGCACAUGACUUGCAGAGAAUGUGCUUCAAAAGUGUCAAACUGCCCCAUAUGUCGGGAGCCCAUCAGAAACCGCCUCAGGGUAUACACCGGGUGAUUGCAGUCAGGCAAAUAAAAAUCUAUCUACAGUGUACAUGGGACGAUCUUUCUUUCAGUGCUGGUGAUGCACAUGUGUCUUUGUGCCCCAAUCUGUAAUUUUCCAUGUAAAUAGUGUUAACCUACCUGCUAGUGACUGGAAAAUUAUCUGUGAUGAUGUGUUUAUGUUUUUUGUAAGGGUUCGAUUGACACGCAAUUCAUGUUAUGUGUUUGUACGUACAUGUUGCAACCUCCAGCUUCUCAAUGAAGAAUACGUUUGUGGCUGAAA